AUGAUAUCCCUCCCCCAAGCGCUGUGCGCGAUCCUGUCUCUCGCAAUUUCAGCUCGGGCAGCCGGUGCCGGCGGCGCUGUCAUCGCCGUGCGACCAGAGUCAGACGAACUCAUCGCUCCCAAUCGGUACAUCGUCGAGUUUGAUACAUCGGUGCAUCUCCAACAAGCUGGUCUUGCCAAACGGGAUCACGACCCACACGAGCGCUUCUACCAGCACCUGAAGGAGCGGGAUGUCGCGUUUGACAUCCACGCCGAAUACAAGAGCAAGGGGACUUUUGUGGGCGCGUCGGUUCAGGUAGCCUCGGCGGGCGAUCUGGACAAGUUGUCGUCGGCCGAAGGGGUUCUAAACAUCUAUACUGUUUCUCGUGUCGACCUUCCAUCACCCAAAAUUCUCGACAUCUCAUCGUCCUCAAACCCGGUCCCCGUUUCCGCUAAGAACUCCUCUGCGUCCCUUCAUUCCCGCUCUACCGACUCCGGCCACUACAGCACCUACUCCCAACUCCCCAUGAUCCAGGCGGACCUUGUCCACCGCAACAAGAACACCGGAUCAGGCAUCAACAUCGCCAUCAUCGACACCGGCAUCGACUACAACCACCCCUCUUUCGGCUCCUGCUUCCGCACGCCUGGAUGCAAGGUGCAGAAGGGGUACGACUUUGUUGGGGACGCCUUUACGGGCAGCAACACCGCCGUGCCGGACGACGACCCGUACUCUACCUGCAACUUCCACGGCACGGCG